AAUGGAUCAAUAAACAGAUGGUGAAGGCAAUUUAGGAAUCUAAGUUCAAGUGGGUGAUCCCAUUGUCAAAAAGGAUGGCCUCAAAAAUUAUGUGGUUUACACACUCAGAGGUUCUGAUAAAGAUGGCUAAUUCGAAGUAUUACGUCGAUUCAAUGAGUUUGAUUGCUAUCGGUAUGUGUGAAUUCUAUGUAGAAUUACUCUUCAGAUACGAUGGCCUGGAUGCUAUAUUCCUCCAUUACCAAUCAAAAAACCAGUCGUAACUAUUCUCAUAUUAUCAAAAGGGAAAUAUGGAUUAAAAGUUCAUUGAUGAAAGAAUGCAUUAUCUCAAUCUCUUUAUGAUGAAGAUGGCAACAAUCCAUCAUUUAUGGUAUUCCGAUGAAACUAAACUCUUCAUUAAAGGUGGUGGCGAUAUUGAAAAAGUAAUUAUUUAUCAUUAUUCCCCUAGUAAUUAGUUGCAUUAUAAAAACCAACUCCUGGUGAUAUCAUCUACAAAUAUGAAACAGUGUUCAAAGAAUUUUCAGGCAAAGAAAUUAAUGAUCAAUUACUCUCUAAGAUUGGCAAUUUCUCCUUGUUCUUAAAGAGAAUACAACCAUAAUUAGAAAUCUUCUAAUAAUAAGCCAAGUAACUUGUGCAAUCAAGGUAAACGUAUUUGUUGUUAUUCUAGAGCUCAAUGUCAAGAAAAUAUGAAUCUCUUGUUAGACUAUUUAAUGCCUGAAUACGAAAAGAAUUGUUUAACUGAGUACGUUGUGAAUCCAGAGAAUAAACUUGUUUUCGUAUAACACAACACAGAAUUAUACCAAUAAUAUGUUUUUUAGUUUCUAAAUUUUAGCGAGCAGCCAAUGAAAAGAGUGCUCUUGAUAAUUUUGCUUUGGCUAUCAAAAUAGAAACAAGAGAUAUUGAUGCUGUCCUAGAAGCUAUACAAUCCAGAGAUAAAUAUGAAUAGAUUAAACAAAACUAUUUGACUAAAUUGUGUAGUUUGAGCAAUGAUAAAAAAGACAUUGAGAAUGGCAAAACUACAUUGAAAUCUUUGUUUAAUUCAAAUAAGGAAGAAUUAAUCCAAAAAACAUAGCAACAAAUUGAUAAUGUAAGAAUAUUCUAAUAAUCCUCAUCUAGAUUUCGAAAGAGAUUGAACAGUUGACUAUACUAUGUGAUAUGAUUACCAUAAUUAUUGGAUAUUUCAUUCUACCUACAUACAAGGUAUUAAUCUAUUGAAUUUAUUUUAAGUAAGAAAAAGAAAAAAAUUAUUACUAAUUAUUAAAACAGAUGGCACAACAUCAAGUUCAAAAAGCCUAAGCAGAGAGAAAUUAUUGGUUAGAUUUAGAUAAAAAUCAAAUGUUCAACGAAGUCUGA